AUGUCUACCCCCGCCAACGAAUUCAUCGCCGAGACGCUCGGGCUAUACACUCGCCGUGCAGCGAACUAUGACCUCUCCAACGGUGGUUGGCACGUGGAGCUGGGUCGAGAUUUCGUCACCUGGGUACCUCCUCCCAAAGGCGGAGCCGUUCUUGACCUUGCUUGCGGCACCGGGCUGGUCACACUGCCUCAAGCUGAGGCAGUCGGACCUGGUGGGAUCGUUGUCGGCGUCGACAUCACCGAGGCAAUGCUCAACGAAGCGAAACGCAAACCACUCCCGAAGGAAAGCGGAGACGUGCGGUUGGUGUUGGGAGACAUCACCAGCCUCUCCUCGGUGGAGGAAGUGCAAAAGGUUGCGAAGGAAAGGGGAGGGUUUGAUGUCAUUUCAUGCUGUUCGGCAUUUGUAUUGCUUGAGAAUCCAGCAAAGGCACUCAAGCACUGGGUCACCUUUUUGAAGGCAGGCACCGGGAGGCUGAUCGUCGACGUUCCCACCGAGGAUCGUAACUUGCAGUACCUCCUCAACUACUCGCUCCGGCGCGCGAUGGGGGACCCCAUGGUUUUCGACUUCGACUGGAUACACGGUAUUCACACUCUACAGAAGCUGUUUGAAGAUGCCGGGCUGAAAAUAGAACAAUCUUUCCGCACGAGGAGCUACAUCCCCGAGAAAUGGUACGGCGCGGAUCAGGCGAUGGAUGCUCUUGAAGAAAAGACGAGUCGGAGCGGGCUGUGGAAGACUAUCUUUGACGGCCUCGAGUCCGAGGGAGGGCCAGAAGCCGUCGACAAAGCCAAGCAGAUAUGGGCGCGAAUUUGGAAAGACCACUUGAACGAAGACGGCAAGUUGUGGGAUGGACACGCUUUGUAUGUUGCAAUAGGAUGGAGGAGGGAGUGA